GCCUCCAUUUUGUUCGCGGACGCUGGGGACUGUGGGAGCAGAUCCAUUUCCGGGUUGGCCAAAGGGGCGGCGGCGAGAAAGAGAGCUUGCCGGGGGGCGACCAGGACAGGACGAAGCCGGAGUGUAGGCGGCAGAGGAUUCGCUCCCAGAGCAGCUGCGGCCAGGUCGGAAAAAGGCCGGGGCGGCUGGGUAUAUGAAUGACCUAAAGGUACAAAUAAAGACGGAGAGAGAACAGUGCCAACUGGGAGCAGGGCAAGAAUGCCAAUUCCUCCUCCCCCGCCACCCCCACCUGGUCCUCCUCCACCUCCCACAUUUCAUCAGGCAAACACAGAGCAGCCCAAGCUGAGUAGAGAUGAGCAGCGGGGUCGAGGCGCCCUCUUACAGGACAUUUGCAAAGGGACCAAGCUGAAGAAGGUGACCAACAUUAAUGAUCGGAGUGCUCCCAUCCUCGAGAAGCCCAAAGGAAGCAGUGGUGGCUAUGGCUCUGGAGGAGCUGCCCUGCAGCCCAAGGGAGGUCUCUUCCAAGGAGGAGUGCCGAAGCUUCGACCUGUGGGAGCCAAGGAUGGUUCAGAGAACCUAGCUGGUAAGCCAGCCCUGCAAAUCCCCAGUUCUCGAGCUGCUGCCCCAAGGCCUCCAGUAUCUGCUGCCAGCGGGCGUCCUCAGGAUGAUACAGACAGCAGCCGGGCCUCACUCCCAGAACUGCCCCGGAUGCAGAGACCCUCUUUACCGGACCUCUCUCGGCCUAAUACCACCAGCAGUACGGGCAUGAAGCACAGCUCCUCUGCCCCUCCCCCACCACCCCCAGGGCGGCGUGCCAACGCACCCCCCACACCUCUGCCUAUGCACAGCAACAAAGCCCCCGCCUACAACAGAGAGAAACCCUUGCCACCGACGCCUGGACAAAGGCUUCACCCUGGUCGAGAGGGACCUCCUGCUCCACCCCCAGUCAAACCACCUCCUUCCCCUGUGAAUAUCAGAACAGGACCAAGUGGCCAGUCUCUGGCUCCUCCUCCUCCACCUUACCGCCAGCCUCCUGGGGUCCCCAAUGGACCCUCUAGCCCCACUAAUGAGUCAGCCCCUGAGCUGCCACAGAGACACAAUUCUUUGCAUAGGAAGACACCAGGGCCUGUCAGAGGCCUAGCACCUCCUCCACCCACCUCAGCCUCCCCCUCUUUACUGAGUAAUAGGCCACCUCCCCCAGCCCGAGACCCUCCCAGUCGGGGAGCAGCUCCUCCACCCCCACCACCUGUGAUCCGAAAUGGUGCCAGGGAUGCUCCCCCUCCCCCACCACCGUACCGAAUGCAUGGGUCAGAACCCCCGAGCCGAGGAAAGCCCCCACCUCCACCCUCAAGGACGCCAGCUGGGCCACCCCCUCCUCCUCCACCGCCCCUGAGGAAUGGCCACAGAGAUUCUAUCACCACUGUCCGGUCUUUCUUGGAUGAUUUUGAGUCAAAGUAUUCCUUCCAUCCAGUAGAAGACUUUCCUGCUCCAGAAGAAUAUAAACACUUUCAGAGGAUAUAUCCCAGCAAAACAAACCGAGCUGCCCGUGGAGCCCCACCUCUGCCACCCAUUCUCAGGUGAAGCCUGGCUUGGUCCUGUUCCUCAGGAAAAGGAUGGACCUUCUCUUCUUCUCAGAUGGUCCCUUCCAUUCCCCUGAAACCUGCAUGAGAGCUCCUAACAUGUUUCUCCAAUGCAAUCAAGCCCUAGACUCCAAAUGUCCUCUCAGCUCACCUCCAUCUAUGCAUCUUAUCUCUGGAUUUGGUGAUCAGACUCUAUAUUGACAGUAGGAUCUCAAACCCUGCAUCCAUCCUUCCUCCAGCAAGCCCUGCUAGCCACAUGAGGAACAAGUUUCCGUGUCUUCUGCCUUCCUCUUGGGGAAAGGUGCCUUGUUGUGAUGAAUUAACUCACUGUUAGGGCAGGGUGGAGAAUGGUACUCCUUCCUUCUCCUGUCCACUGUGGGGGAAGCUUGGCAGGUAUAUUAUAUUUCAUCAUUUAGGAGGCUGGCAUGACCAGGACUUAUGGGUGGGAGGGGAGCAUUUUUAGUGAAGCAAGAAAGGAGUUUGCCAAGAAGUGAUCUGUUUUAAAGGUCAUAUUUGGAGAAAGGGCAAGGAAUUGGGUCUGCUUUAUUUUUAGGGGUAUUUUGUUUUUGUUCUCACCUGCUGCCCCUCCCCCCUACCACCCCAGGGAUAAAUUGGAUAUAAACACUAAAUACUAAUCAGUUGAACUUAACAUUUAAUAAAAAGAAAGGGUGAAAUAAACUGAAGACCAUUUUAGAACUAGUCAGUUCUCUGCAGCAAAGGGAACAGGAGCCAUUUGAACCCUCUGGGACCCCUCACCCCACUGCUUCAGGGUGCUAGGCUGAGGGAUGUUUUUCCUCCCCCUUACCGCCCAUGCCCUUGAAAGAAAAGUCACUUUUUGUGGAGGGCAUCAUUCAUUCCUGAUUCACAAACCCCAAAAACCUCUGGUGGGAGAUAGGAAGAUGGGGCGUGGGCCUGGGCCUUAACCUCAAUCUUGUGUCCGCCUCAGUCUUUUCUGACUGGCCCUGAAGUUGUCAGUGGCUCUUUCUGUCCUUCAGCCCCUGGAAGGUGCUCCAGGAUAACAAAGAAGGGCAGGUUGAAGCCCCUCAUGGAAGGAGCUGGCUUUGUGGGGCUGCAAAGGACUUUUAAGUCCUGCCUGUACUGAAGUUCACAGCCCACCUGACUGAGCAGACUCUUCCUGUUCCUUUCUCUACCACCCUUGCCUUCCCAGGACUGCACGGUUUAACACAGCAGAGUACAGAAGGGUGAAGAAGUGAGCAGAGGCUUAUGAAGAUAUUCAGAUACUCUUCUAUGCCAGGAAGCACAAAGACUUUGUUGAGAUUUGCCUCAGUUCAGUAGAUCUUCCUUGGCAGCCAGCCAUAGGUUGUUUCUUUGUCUUCCAGGUCCUAAAAAGCACAGAGAAAAUGGAGGUCCCCAGUCUAGGUAGGAAGCUGAUUGGACGAGGACUUCUUUUUUUCCGACGGCAGGAUGGGGCUCUUGGGCUCCACACACCAGAUGCUUUGGUUUUCUACAACUGUUGCUAUGUGUAGAGGGUGCUCAGAGCAUGGCAUGAGAGCAAGGAGACCAUGGCUACUCUUUGAAAUGGAUGGGGAAAAUUAGCUUAAAAAUUUAAUCACACACAUCACAGGCUUAAACUGUCUUAGGGACUUUUCCAGUUGAUUGGAUCACAGGCUAGGGAUCUGUGCAUGGUGCCAGGUGAAACCCAAGUCUCCCCAGUGCUAGGUGAGGGAGGGCUCAACAGGGGUAAUGUGUAUGGGGUCUGCCGUCCUUUGCCAUCCCCUGGACCAUAUUAACUCUGGGACAGACCAUGAUUAGGUCUGUCACCAAACUUUUCCUAAUCAUUUUUUAUGUAUCAUUCUUCUUUCUAAUCUGUUAGCAGUUAUCUCCCAGAAGUAUCCCUAGCAUCCUGAAGCAAACAGAACUGCCGGGCGCUGUGGCUUACGCCUGUAAUCUCAGCAAUUUGGGAGGCCGAGGCGGGCGGAUCACCUGAGGUCAGAAGUUCGAGACCAGCCUGUCCAACAUGGCGAAACCCCGUCUCCAUUAAAAACACAAAAAUUAUCUGGGCGUGGUGACAUGUGCCUGUAGUCUCAGCUACUGGGGAGGCUGAGGCAGGAGAAUCGCUUGAAUCCAGGAGGUGGAGGUUGCAGUGAGUGGAGAUGGCGCCACUGCGCUCCAGCCUGGGUGACAGAUUGAAACUCCAUCUCAGAAAACAAACAAACCAAACAACUGAGAGAGGGGAUGCUAGUGGAGGGAAAAGGAGAGAGUACAAGAGUUGAUACUGCAGCAGAGUUCCAGGGCAGAUGCUGACAAGUGACUGAACUUUGUGAAGUCUUCCCAUUUAUUUUUGAAAUGGGAGUCGAUGCCUUUUGUACGUUAUCAAAGUGUUGGUUUUUUUUUUCCUCCUUUACUCAGACAUAGAGCAUCAGAAUAUCACGAGUAAAGCCAAACCCCAGCUUUUCACUGGGGCUGAUAUCUUCCUCCCCAUGGCCCACUGCCCCCUCAUAUUCCCCAGCACUUGGACUGUGUCACAUGGGUGUUGAUUGUAUACUUGUUGUCUUGGCCUCAUGCAAAAAGGCCUGGGUCUAGAUCUAGUCAGAUGAGUUUUUUUUAGAGCAUGUUGAUGAUACAACACCUGUUUAAAUGUCUUUGCCUUAUAUGUUAUUUGGUCCCGCUGUUAAUAAUAGAUUUAUUACUAUGUAUAUUUACUAUUGAAGAUGGGAAUGUGAUCUGCAUAGUUAUCAGUCUAUUUUGUAUGUUGUAAAAAGCUUCUAAUUUAGGUUUAAGGUGGGCUGGCUACAAGAGCACUAAAACUCACCUUUUAAACUGCUCUUUUUAUCUGCUUGUGGGAAUGUCGUCUCUUUCGUGGAAGAUUGGGUGGUCUCAUGUUGAGGCUGUUGCCCAGUCCCAUUAACUCCCUUGUCCCCCAACGGAAGGAAGAGACAUUGCCCAGCUAAGCAUCAGGAAGCUGUGUUAAAAGCCCUUGUAUGGGUUUGGUUUUGUGAUGUUUUUCCCUAAUGGGAAAAACUUUAUAGUUGUUUCUUACUGCCCUGUCUGGGAAGCAGGGCAAACCUCCAGGUUUUUAAAUGAGCUAGAUGCCUCUCUUCCCCUUCUCUGGUCACUGAACCUGGACCAAAGCACUUUGAUAUUCCAGGUGUGAUUUUCUCUGUCACGGGGAUUUGCUCCACUGCAGAGCCCCAUCAUUUUCACAGCGUAGGCCAACAGAGUGAGAACCUAGGGCUACCCUAGCUGAUGGAUGUGAGGCUGCUGUCUACAGGAGCUCAUCCCAGCCCUGCUCACUGGCAGUGGCAAGGAUACUCGUCAUCGGCCAUUGCACUGGGGAACUCUGUCACCCCAUGGCUUCCCAACUUGAAACCCAGAUUUACCUCCAGGGAGAGGUGAGAAAAAAAUUGUAAAUAGACUUGCUAAAGAGCAACUCAGGGUUGGGGUGUGUUUUAAUUCUCCUGAUCACUUGAAAUAAUCUGUAGGCUGAGUGCUUAUGGGGGUGGGGGAGAAGGGUGACUCCAGGGUCCUUCCCUUUUGUGAAGCUCUGGGGGUGGAGUGUGGGCAUCUGAGGCCCUAUGAUGGCACUACAUUGAGCUGUCUGCCCUUCCGGAAACCCAACCUGCAAUCAACUGCAAAUCAAAUUCUUCACAUUCCAGCUACAGUCUUUCUUUCCCCAUUGAAUCUCAGUCCCUGGCCAUGUGGUCAAGGUGGCUUUCUGUUAAGCUACCCUAAUUUCGGGAAUGGGAGGGGAGAGAGGAGGGCCAUUACAACUCUGCCUUCAAGACUCAUCUCUUAAAAACAAAACGAAACAAAACUACAACCACCAUCAAAACCACACGCAAAAAAAAAAAAAAAAAAAAAGGAUAACUUUAACCGAAGGAAGGGUUUGGUUCCAUUCAACUCCACAUUCAUUGUGCCUUUACUUGCAUUAGAUUUCUGUGCUUUCUUCCUCUCCCUCUUUGAAGCAAUUAAAAUCUUCCUUGAUAACUGCUGUUUCUUUCUACUCUUGUUUCUGGCAGUUUAGUGGGUUCCUUCUGUAGUUGUCUUAAAUCUCAUUCCACUGGUGGCAAGAUGGGGCCUAGCCUUCUUUUCUCAUGUCUAAUCUUUUCCUUUCUCUUGGUGCCCUCCAUGGAAGUCACAGUCAACACUGAAUAAAUGACUAGAAUGACACGUGUGCGUGCGCACGCCCGCGUGUGUGUGUGUUCAUCUGUCUGCAUGUGGAUCAAUUUCUGUUAGAAAAUAAUUUAUUGUAUGAUUUAUUUUGGAGUUAUAUUCUGAUUACAGUGCUCCCUCUCCCAAAUAGCAUUGAUUUUUUCUCCCCUCUAAAAUGUAUAAUCUGGUCUCAGGUUGGAUUCUUUGGUACAUUUCUUUCUUCUGGAUGCCGUGCAGCUUAAUUAAAACCUUGCUUAAAAACAAAAAGUGAAAA